AAUCUUGGACCGACCUUUUCCAUGAUUUGAUCUGCAUCUUGAACCGGAUAGACCGGGCUGGUGUAACCCCGCACGUCAUUCCUGAAUUUCCGAGGAUAAUCCAGCAAAAUCCGAUGUGCUGUCAAUUUGUGUCAACAAACCAAUCCCGGAUCACAAUCCUCGAUUUCUUUUAAUUUGACGACAAAAAGACUCCAACUUUACUCAUUUUGAUGCGCGCAUAUGGAAUUCAUGUCGACCGGAAGCAAAGGGACAUGGGCUGCUCUCAUCGUAUUUCUUUUGAUCUUUCCAACCUUGUACACCGAAUCAUUCUCGUCCGACCGCGACCUCUUUGCGGCCAAGAAAAAGCGCAUGAGCGACAAAGUUCGCCGGAUGAAGAAAAAUGCAGGAUUGCCACUGAAAAGGGCGUUUUUCAGUUUCAAUACUGUGAAGCCGUGUAAAUUUACUGCUCUUUUCGCUUUGACCCUGCUUGAAAGAACUUUUGUUGUUUCCUUUUGGAGCCAAAUACGAAAUAUGUAUGAGAUUUUGCUUUGGCUAGCAUUAGUAAGGUUUUACCAUGCCUAUGAUAACUACAUGAUGUAUGCAUUCCCGCAUGAUGAAUUGAAACCUCUGACAAGAGCUUACACAGAUUCUUUAAGUGAGCUUGGAAAUUUGAAUCUUGAACAUUUGCCACAAGAGUACAAUGGUUCUGCUCUCACUCUCAUUGAAUCACUAUCGAGCCUUGCAGUCUUGGGGAACGAUACUGAGUUUGAAAAAGCAGUUCUAUGGCUAUCAGAAAAUUUAACAUUUGAUGUUGAUGCAAGGAUAAAUCUUUUUGAGUGCAACAUAAGAGUACUUGGAGGACUUGUGUCUGCUCAUAUUCUUGCAACUGAUUCUACAAACAGGUUAACUAAAGGAACUUACAAAAACCAGCUUCUUGCCCUGGCUGAGGAUUUGGGACAGCGGUUUUUACCUGCCUUUAAUACUCCUACUGGGCUGCCUUAUGCAUGGAUCAAUUUAAAGUAUGGUGUGAUGGAGAAUGAGAUAACCGAAACAAGCACAUCCGGUUGUGGUUCUCUAAUUCUUGAAAUGGGUGCGCUUUCACGUUUGACUGGAGACCCAAGAUUUGAGUCUGCUGCUUUACGAGCUUUACGCAAAUUAUGGAGUAUGAGGAGUUCCUUAAAUCUUUUGGGGACAACGCUUGAUGUACAAACUGGGGAGUGGAUCGAGUACUCAUCUGGAAUUGGGGCUGGGGUUGAUUCGUUUUAUGAAUACCUACUGAAAGCACAUCUUUUGUUCGGGAGGGAAGAGUUUUGGAGGAUGUUUCAGUCUGCUUAUGUUGCGGUUCUUGCUGGGGAUAUUCCGGCUGCUAACUCAUCACAUCGCGAAUUUUUCCAUGUAUGGCAGAAAUUUGGAGUAUUACCUGAGAGAUAUCUCCUAGAUCAUCAAAUGCUGCAUCCAACCGAGAAAUACUAUCCCUUACGUCCAGAGUUUGCUGAGUCGACAUUUUACCUGUAUCAAGCAACCAAAGACCCGUGGUAUCUUGAAGUGGGCAAGACAAUUAUAAACUCCUUGAAUUUGUACACACGAGUCAAAGGUGGCUUUGCAAGCGUUCGAGACGUGACGACUAUGGAGUUGGAAGACCAUCAACAUAGUUUCUUUCUUGCUGAAACGUGCAAGUAUUUGUAUCUACUCUUUAACGAUUCAUUCUUGGUCGAUAAAAAUUACAUAUUUACAACCGAAGGUCACCCGCUGCCAAUUUUAGGCUCUUGGCACGAGAAGCUUCCAGAAGCUUAUAUUCCCAGUAAUUGGACUUCCGUUAAGGAUGAAGGUCGACCCAGACGAGCCAGUGCAAUGUCGUUGAGAAUAUGCCCUGCUGCCAAUUCAAACUGCAGGCAUAAUAAUAACCAUCAGUCGAUCGAGAGUGUUUGUCAUAUUCCCGAUUUACGUCCCGAUCACAGGUGUUUGACUGACGAGGAUUGUGGGGUUGACUCGACUUCUUGCAGGCGGAGAUUGUGUAGUAUGGCUGGUUAUUGCGGUCUGUGGCAGACCAUAUGA